CGUAAUCAAACAAUUUCAUUAUUAAUACGAUUAGUACAAGGAGAAAAUGGAAUGUAUUUUUGUGCAAAUUCUGUAACACCAGCGAAUGGACAUGAUCUUUCAUUGAUAUCAGGAUUUGCAGUUGCUCAAUUAAUCGGUGCUGAAUAUCCAUUUCCUGAUGAUUUAGAUGCAUUACGAGAUUUUAAUCGAUUUAAAAGAAUGUGUAUUAAUUAA